AUAAAUACUUUACAAUCACCAUAACGUUGUCAACUUAUCCUCCUCAAGUGGCAUUGUACAACAGAGCAAUAAAAGUUACAGUAGAUGGUCCUAGAAAUUCCCGAUCUGUUAAAUCAAAACCUUCAGAAGCAUCUGUAAAACAUCAAUUUUUCCCACAUUUUCGAAAACUUGAAGAAAUAGAAGAAUAUAAUGUUGGAACCACAAGACGAAGAGAUCAUUUAGAAAUUUCUCUCCAGAGUUCAUCAGAUAUCUACAGCUCUACCAUUUGUGAGGAUUCAGAAUAUGAAGAUAAUAAAUCAUUUGGUUCAUGUUCUCCAUAUCCAGAUGAUAAUUAUUCGAAACAUUCCUUGCCAACAGUUCUUCCAGAUUCCAGAACGGAUGAAUACAUUGCCACCUCUUCCCAGAGACAUAUUUCUACACUGAAUAGUACUGUCAGAACAGAUCAUUUUAUAACUGAUAUUAACUAUGCAGACCAUACCUACCCUACAAAUUGGUAUCGGAAUCCCAUGUAUGAGUAUUAUUACAAUCCACCCCAAAGGCAAUACUUCUCGACUUAUUCUCCUCCACAGUGAUUAUUCAAUUUAUUCAGCUGAUAUUCACAAGGAGCGUGCUAAUCAUUAAACCCAUUUAACCGCUAAAUUGGUGUACUCGGUCCCAUAAGAUAUUAAUUCGGGAGAAAAAGUAGGAAAUUUGCAAAGUUGUGUUUGGAGACCCUGCUCCUGAUUCGAAAAACAUGUUUCCUUGUUCAUGAAGUUAUGUGAAGAAUGCCACAUGGGAUGAGAAAACCAACAUUCUUUAAAAUACCUCACAUAUUUUAUCUAUUACCAACAAAAAACGAUAUUACUCCUAGAGUAGUUUUUGAGCUACAUUCAUUUAAAUUUGUAAUAAACUGAAUAUAGAAAACUUAA